GGCGUAACCCGGAAGAUAAUUGUUAUUUCCGGGUCCGACUACAACAUGCUCACCGGCUGUGAAAUGAACCAUUCGCCGCUUUGGUUUUAUGAAGUCCGUUUGUAGCAUCGCUGUUGAAUUAAUCAAAUCCAGAAGAGCUCACAGUUCAGCCACGGCUCGUCGACCCGGAGAGGACAUGUGUAAAGAGCUCAAGACCACAGUGCUGCGGAUGUUGCCGCCGACCUGCCGUGGGCCGUCCGCUCCUCAGGAGGAGCACACAGAUGUGGCUGAAAUCCUGAGUUACACGGUGAAGGCUCUUAAGGAGGGUCACGUGGUCGGUGUGCCCACGGACACCAUCUACGGCCUGGCAUGUCUGGCCCAGAACUCUGAAGCUGUCAGAAAAACCUACGACAUCAAAGGACGAAAUGGACAUAAACCACUGGCCAUCUGUGUAGGAGAAAUCCAGGAUAUCUAUAAGUACUGCAAGGUGAAGGUGAAGGAAGCGUUGCUAGGUGACCUGCUGCCUGGUCCCGUCACUCUGGUGUUGGAAAGAUCUGAAGCCCUGAACCCAGAUCUCAACCCCUUUACUUCACUUGUAGGCGUGCGUAUCCCGGACCAUGCCUUUAUGAGACGCCUUUGCCAGAUGUGUGCUGAACCACUCGCACUCACCAGCGCCAACAUCAGCUCAAACACGAGCACCGUGGCCGUAAACGAGUUCCAGGAGCUCUGGCCCAAACUAGCUCUGGUGGUGGAUGGCGGACCAGUAGGAGACAACAGCCGCCUCGGCUCCACCGUGGUCGACCUAUCGGUACUUGGGAAAUACCGCAUCAUCAGACCCGGCUGUGCCCUUUCUUCUACGGUUAAUGUGCUGGAGCACAAAUAUGGACUGUCAGAGGACUCGGGGAAAGAAUGACCUUUUGAACUCUCUACACUGCACAACACGCGCUGAGACGCCCAGCCGCCGUUGACCUGGGGCUUCUCAGAAAAGAUGAAUCCUUUUCAUGUUGACAUGGAAGAAUGAGUCUUUUUCAGGAAGUAUUAGAACUCAGGAGCAACUCGAUGGUGGCUGAUAUUGUUCUGGUGGCUGCUUUAAGUUCUUAUAUAACUGUUGAUGAACAUUUUUUCUGCAUUACUAUUGGUCCAAUAUAACAGGAUUAUGGGGGAGUGUCACAGUUCUUUACUAUUUAUUCAGAAAUAGGUAUGUAUGGAUUUUUAUUUUAUUUUAUUUGUUUGCAUAAAACUACUCUCUUUUUGUAUUGUCAAAGCAAUGUGGCUUAACAGAGAAAACAAUGGUUUGGGUUUUAAUUUUUAUUAAUUUAACAGUAAAUGGUGUGGUAAGCACCUAUUUUAUACCCUGAAUAAUUCUUUGUAAUAAGGGAUGGGUUCUGGGAAAUGCGUUGACUAUACAUCAGACUUGUCCAAAACUAUUUAUUAAAUUAUAAAUCCCCUGUGUUUAUUUUAUCCACAAGUCAGUUAGCACUGCAAUUGGUCACCUGCUACAGUUACAAUAACUGGUUUAUGUUGUAGCGUAAACUACAGUAUAUCACAUUUCUAUGUGUAAAAUACUGUAAUAUGUCAGACUUGCACAUAGCCCAAGUUGAUAUACGGCAUGAAAUUCAUCUGCCAGUUUGCAUGUCAAACUGGAGCAUUUUUUACAUUGUCAAUGCCUGAUGUAAACUCAUGAUGGAAGUCAAAGUCCCAAUAAAAGUUUUGUUUUUCA